AUGGGUUACUCCACCGACGGCGGAUUCGCGGCCAAGCUACAGGAGCAGUUCUACCAGGAGGAGGCUUCCGCUUCCGGCUCCUCUUCUUCCUCCGCCGUCUUCGAUGAUCGGAACAUCCAGGCGGUUAUGGAUUUGGCUGUUUAUAAUUUCAGGAAGGUGAUUCCUCUCCCCAACAAGCCGAAUCGAACCGGCCAAGCCAGAUUCAGAAGAGCCCCUGUUCCCGCUUCUGCUUCUACCUCCGCCGUCGCCGUCGGAGUCAUUCCUCGGUCGGAGAAGAAGAUCGUUCAGGAUCAGCCCGGGCCGUCAUCUUACUCUGCUCCGAUGAUUGUUCCUCCAACGACGAAGCAAAGGUAUUGCACUGUUUCCGGUGGCUCGGAGUUCAAGGUGUACUAG